CCUCCGCAUGACAUCACCGCUGGACAAAGCAGCAAGGAGUGGUUUCUUCCAAGAGAAGCCCCCAAAUCAAUGAAACAACACAACAGGGAAAAAAUCCCUGUAAUUUUAUCUGCCGUCUAAAUCAAAGUGCGUGGGCUGCGUUUCUAGCGGUGCUUUGUUGUGAGAGGAAUGAACUGCUCUGGAAAAUAACAUCGUUUGGACAGAGGAGAGAGCCACCUCCGCUGGACGGUCGUGCUGUGUCUGAAGACGUGGACCCGCUGUUUGAAUCCAUCCUGAAGCAUCAUGCUAGCCCUCCUGCUGCUCGCAAUGCUGGCCGUCCACGCAGUGGCUAAGCUGGAACUGCAAGUCCCAGAACUCCCAGUGGUGGCGCUGCAUGGAAAAGACGUCGCCCUCAACUGCUCCUUCAACCACACGAGUCCCUUCAACCUGUCCGACGUGACUGUGUUCUGGCAGCUGACUGACACCAAGCGCAGCGUCCAUGGGUUCUUCAUGGGGCAGGACCAGCUGACGGAACAGGCAGAGAGCUACGCCAACCGAACCAGCCUCUUCCCUUCCCAGCUGACCAUGGGCAACGCUUCACUCCUACUACGAAGGGUGGCGGUUGCUGACGAGGGCAGCUAUACCUGCUUUGUCAGAGUGCAAGAGUACGACAGCGCUGCCUUGCUGCUGCAGGUCGCAGCUCCUUAUACCAAGCCUGAGGUCACGUUGGAGCCUGAAUCCAACCUGCGGCCUGGGGACGAGGUGGCCCUGACCUGUGUGGCCUAUGGUGGGUAUCCCAAGGCCGAUGUCAUAUGGCAGGACGGGAGCGGACGCAACCUGACGGACAACAUCACAACUUCAGUGGUGGCCAAUGAACAAGGGCUGUUCACCAUGACCAGUGUGCUGACCGUCGUGCUGGAGCCCAACAGCUCCUUCAGCUGCAGACUGAUCAACCCGCUGCUUAGUGAAGAACGCUCCAUCUUUGUCACAGUCACAGGUCAGAACAUUGCUUUCCCUCCGGUGGCUCUGUGGGUUACUGUGGGCCUGGCCGUGUGUCUGCUGGGCCUGCUCAUCGCUCUGGCUGCUGUCUGCCGAAGGAAGAUCAAGGAAAGCUGUGAGGAGGCCAGGAGAGAAGGGAAGGCUGGAAAGGUCAGCAAACGUAGAGAAGUGGCCGAGGAGGCCAAGGAGCUGGAAGAAGAGGAAUCGAAGACAGCGAUGACGCCACUGAAGAGCUAAGAACGACAGAGUGAAGAAGUCGAGGCCAGACAGUCGGGGUGGAAGAAGGAGGAGAUGAGUCUGGCGGGUAAUCCCAGUCCACCUAUCCAUCAACCUGGAGACUGUUUCCAGCAUCCCCUGCAGAAUGUCAAAGCCUCGCUGAGCAGAAGAUGAGUCCAUCAUCUCCUUUCUUAGGUUUUCCCUCGAGUUCCCACCCAAACACAUAAACACAUCAUGUGCCAUUAGUUUCUAUUGCCUUCCUUUCAUUCUCUCGACGGAGACGCGCAACGGCGGGUAAACGCAGUUGAAUGAGUCGUGUUGCCUGCGACACGAAGAGCGGCGGGCGCUUUUGAAAACGACAGGAUGUGACAGGAUCCUUUGUCUGUCACUGACAUCACUCUGCAUGCGUCGCGAUGGGGCGUGUGCCAGAGAUCUGCUGUCUAAUAGGAAGUGAGACACUUAAAGAGAUGACCCUGCUUCAGUUGCCAGAGAGAGAGAGAGAGCGAGCGAGCAAGCCCGGCUCUCCUAUUACGCCGCAACUUGCUAAUUAGCGUCUGUCGCUGGAGUAACUUGUACCUGUCAGUGUGCGCCGCUCUCCUAUAUUCAGUAAGUCGAGGCAAUUGAAAGUGAACGCCAGCGAAGCUCCAACAAACUGCAAAUGGCGGAUGUGAAACACUCUGAUCCCUCUCCCUGACCCGACAGCUUUUACAUGUAAGAAAUUGUUUUUAAUGAAGAAAGACAAUCUCGGCUAGUUUCUAGAGCUGACGCCGAAUGUUUUAUCUCUUCCGGCCUGCGGGGUGUACAUUUUUUUUUUUAUUGCAUCCUUUUGAAGUACUUAAGCGAGUCCCAGUGCCAUAUGCCUAUGUAUGAAUACCAAAGCCAUUUGUUUGAAAUAAUGAAAAAAAAAAAAACCCAGUGCCUAUUUACAUUAAAGAGACAUGGUGAAACUGUC